AUGCCUUACGCUACAGGUGACGCUGGUAAGGGUGCUGCUAUCUUUAAGAGAAGUUGUGCUUUGUGCCACACCGCCGGCGCCGGCGAGCCUAACAAGGUUGGCCCUAACUUGCAUGGUCUUUUCGGUCGCAAAACUGGUUCAGUGGAAGGUUUCUCAUAUACGGCGGCUAACGUGAAGAAGGGUGUUGUAUGGGGAGAGGACACUCUUUUCGAAUACCUUGAGAACCCCAAAAAGUACAUCCCAGGAACUACUAUGGCCUUCGUUGGCCUCAAGAAGGAGAAGGACAGGAAUGACCUUAUUACUUACUUGAAGCAAGCAACGGCCUAA